CUUCCCUGUCGCCUUAAAAGUCGAAUCUUUUCGUGCGGGCUUCGGGGUCUUCAGUCUGGGAGUGUGGCUGCCAGUUGGUGCCGACAACAAGGAAGUUGCGGGGUGCGUCUCUUCGUUGCGGUUGUAGAUCUGAGCGAAUGGGAGCGUAAAAGUCCGUUCUUUUAGCGGGUUCCGGUCGCUUUCGUGGGUGUUGGUCCUGCCUGUUUCGUUUUCUCUUGGUGGAUUCGAAUGUGCUUUUGUCGCUUGCUUGACCUUGAUCUGGACUUCGUUCCGUGGAGGCAACGUCGCGGAAUUAGACAGCGGUCGAGUCGAUUGCUUAUUAGAUGCUUAGAUUUGUUGGUUCUGUCUCGAGGUAGUGGAAAGGUUUUGUUUCGUCCCAGUGUUGGUUGCUACAUUUUGCCUUCGAUCUGGUUUCUGGUUGCUUGUUUGAGGUCAGUUUUGUAGGAAUGUUCGGUUUUCAUCGAAAACAAUGUUGAUGAGAUGAAAAAAUGUGUGUUUCUUAGCACUUUCGUCUCCAAUUUUAGGAUCGUCCAGAGCUGGAUCUGUUCAAAUUUGUAAGAAAAGACAAUCUUUUGUCGUAGUCCUGUUGGUGAUACUGGAUGUCCGAUGGAAGUUUGAGUUUUUACGGAGAUUGGAGUUUAUAGCAUUUGAUCUGCCUGUUAGAUAUCUGAUCCUUGAUUUUGGAGGACUUGGUCUUUGGAAUUCGUGGCACUCUUUAGAAAGCAUAUUGGCCAACUUCAGUGCUUUCGAUUGUAACCGAGAUGUGACUGCAGGAUCAAGCAUUUCUUCUGCCUUAUUUUUCAUAGUCAUUGAGAUGUUACUCCGCAGACAUUUUCCUUCGAUGUUUAUGAAUCUGCUUCACUGCUCUGGUCUAUGUGCUUUUCGGUGUCUGCCAUAAGUUGCAUCAACAACCACAUGGGAGUAUAUUUCGCUGCAAAUUGAGGAUUGUGUCCUCCAUUUGAGUUUGGUGUCAACUGAGCAUUUUUCUUCAUUUGAGUGGCUGAUUGAAAGUAAAUUGUUGUCCUGUGCUUUGGUUGCAAUUUUGGCCUCACAGUGCCAGUUGUUACAACUCAUUAUUGAUCUCUGUGGAUUUUACUAGUUUUUCAUUGGUUGUCGAGAAAUAGUGGAGCCAGCUCGCCAAAACUCGAUGGGUUCCAGAUUUCUAUCACAUCAACUCAGCAAUGGAUUGUAUGUUUCAGGCCGGCCUGAGCCACCAAAAGAAAAACCUCUAUCAAUGAGCUCCGCAGCCAUGCCAUAUACAGGAGGAGAUAUAAAAAAAUCAGGAGAGCUUGGAAAGAUGUUUGAUCUGCAUGUGGAGAAGUCGAGAAAAUCUGGACCUCUUAAUGUUCCUCUUAAGAGUACAUCUUUUGGAGGUGCUGCUUCCCAGUCAGGCCCUAUCAUGCCUAAUUCCUCUAGCCGGUCUAGCUAUUCUGGUUCACUCUCUUCUGCAGUUCCUGGUUCCGGUCCUUCACUAGUAACUGGAGGCUCCAACAGACAGAAGUCUAAUUCUGGGCCACUUAAACAUGGGGAUGUUGUUAAGAAGUCAUCUGGUCCUCAAUCUGGAGGGGUCAUCCCAAUGGCUCGCCAGAAUUCUGGUCCACUUCCACCAGUGCUUCCAGCUACAGGGCUUAUCACAUCUGGGCCAAUUUCAUCUGGGCCUCUUAACUCAUCAGGUGCCCCUCGAAAAGUAUCUGGCCCUCUGGAAUCUGCUGGAUCUAUGAAGCUGCAUAGCACCUUUAUUGUUCAUAACCAGGCUGUUACGAAGCUCAGCCAGGAUGAUGGCUAUUCAUUUAGUGGGAGCUUGCCCAAACUGUUCUUGUGGUGUGUGGGUUUGUUGUUCAUAAUGGGGUUUAUUGCCGGUGGCUUCAUUCUUGGUGCUGUUCACAAUGCCAUACUUCUCAUAGUUGUUCUAGUUAUAUUUGGAGUUGUUGCUACACUUUGUAUUUGGAAUAUUUGUUAUGGAAGGCAAGCGAUGAUAAGAUUCAUUGCUCGUUAUCCUGAUGCCGAGCUGAGAACUGCAAAAGACGGGCAAUACGUAAAAGUCUCUGGGGUUGUUACAUGUGGCAAUGUCCCUCUUGAGUCAUCAUUCCACAAGGUUCCUAGAUGUGUGUACACAUCUACUAGCUUAUAUGAAUACAGGGGCUUGGACUCGAAGACUGCCAAUUCCCAGCAUCAUCGUUUUACUUGGGGAUUGAGGUCAUUGGAGAGGAAUGUGGUCGACUUUUAUAUCUCUGAUUUCCAAUCUGGGUUAAGAGCUUUGGUAAAAACUGGUGAUGGUGCUAGUGUAACCCCAUAUGUUGAUGAGUCUAUUGUUAUUGACAUCAACUCAGAAAAGGACUUGUCUCCAGAAUAUCUCAGAUGGUUGCGGAAAAGGAACCUUUCUCAUGGGGAUUGUGUGAUGCAGCUGAAAGAAGGCUACAUCAAAGAGGGCAGCACAGUUAGUGUGAUGGGGGUUGUCAAAAGGAAUGACAAUGUUCUGAUGAUAGUUCCACCUUCUGAGUCAUUUUCUACUGGAUGCCAGUGGGCUAAGUGUAUACUUCCAGCAAGCCUUGAAGGAAUUGUGUUGAGAUGUGAGGACACUUCAAAAAUUGAUGUGAUACCAGUUUAGCUGAUAAAGUAUGUUGUGAUUAAAGAAAAGCUAAUUAUAUAUGUCAAGUCAACUCCAGAAUUUGUUUGUUGGUUGUUGGCAUUUGCAAUAUCCCAAAUGAUGUUGUAUGAUGGAUCUUUAGAGAUGGCGUUUACUAUUCUUGGGUUCGAUUGUACAGCUUUAUGUGUCUUUCCUUUUUGUGAAUUAAGUUUGAAUAUUUUUGUAAGGAGGAUGGCUUGAUUACCUAAGCUGAGAUCUCCAAUGAUUCUUUGAAGAAUAUUGUCACUCAUUUUUCGCCUUCCGGUGUUACUCGAGUAAAUUCAACAUGACAGAUCCUG